AUGUGACCAUCAACAUGGCGUCGCCGAUGAAAGCAUAGUACGCACCAGUAAAGAAAGAAAUCUGUUUUUUUUAAUGGAUUAUUAUUAACGUUACUAUGCUCGCUGACGCUGGUAAAAUAAGAUGAAGCUUCGCGUUCAGCUCCAAUGUAAAAACUUACACGAGUUUCUGGGGGAACUGAGCCCAGAUAUACUGGACAGACUCUACAAUCAUCCAGCAACAUGCCUGGCUGUCUACAGGGAACUUCCAGCACUGGCGAAAAAUUAUGUAAUGCGGAUGUUAUUUUUAGACCACCCCCUACCACAAGCCGCAGUUGCUCUGUGGGUAAAAAAAGACAGUCAAAAAGACCACGAUCAAUGCGUGUCGGUGUUAACCGGGUUACGACUCUGGCACGUUCAGCAGCUUCAGGGUGGACUCCAGGGCUUUGUGCUCAACCCUGUGUUUAAAGACAACCUGAGGAUAGCACUGCUCGGCGGCGGUAAACCAUGGGCGGAUGAGGGCAGUAGUCUCGGUCCAGAUCGUCACGCUAGAGAUGUGGAGAGUCUUGAUCGCUAUGCCAUGGAGCGUUGGGAGGUCAUCCUACACUUCAUGGUGGGCUCACCGAGCGCUGCCGUCAGCCAAGAUCUGUCCCAGCUGCUCAUACAAGCGGGACUCAUGAGGAGUGAGACUGGCGAGGCUCCUUGCAUCACGUCAGCAGGGUUUCAGUUUCUGCUAUUGGACACAGCCUCUCAGCUAUGGUACUUUACCCUGCAGUACCUUAAAACUGCACAGUCAAGAGGUAUGGACCUGGUGGAGAUACUUUCCUUUUUGUUCCAGCUGAGUUUCUCCACUCUUGGGCGGGACUAUUCUGUGGAGGGCAUGAGCGAGUCUUUACUCACAUUUUUGCAGCAUCUACGAGAGUUUGGCCUUGUCUUCCAAAGAAAGAGGAAAUCGAGAAGGUAUUACCCCACAAGGUUGGCCAUAACUCUAACUGCAGGCGUCACAGCGAACCCUACGUCUGGCUCCGCCUCCACUGCGCUUGGAGCUACACCAGGAACAGGAGACACAGGCUUUAUUGUUGUAGAAACCAACUAUCGCAUAUACGCCUACACCGAUUCUGAAUUACAGAUCGCACUUGUGGCUCUAUUUAGUGAGAUGCUGUAUCGCUUUCCUAAUGUGGUGGUUGCUCAGGUCACCAGAGAAUCAGUGCAGCAGGCCAUAGCUAAUGGCCUAACUGCACAACAGAUCAUUCACUUCUUAAGGACCCGAGCUCACCCUGUAAUGCUUAAACAGACCCCUGCACUCCCCCCAACCAUAACAGAUCAGAUCAGACUGUGGGAGCUUGAGAAAGAUCGCUUACAGUUCACAGAGGGAGUAUUAUAUAACCAGUUUUUAUCCCAGGUUGAUUUUGAAGUUUUGCGGGAUAGAGCUCAGGGUUUAGGUGUAUUGGUAUGGCAAAACCCAGCUAACAGGGUCAUGGUGGUGACACCGCAUGGACACAGCGAGGUUAAGAGAUUCUGGAAAAGACAAAAGAGUCACACAUGAAAACAAAACAAGACCACAGUAUUUCCUUGUCACGUGAGGAAUGACAUAAAUCAACUGUACGCUGUCAAGUGACAGACCUGUGAUAUACAAAAGGCAGAGGCAACCUUUUCAUGUAUGAAAACUAUCUAUUUAAUCUGUUUAGAAAACAUUUAAACAUCUUAGAUAUUUUCUAAUCUGCCUAUGGUAUGUACAUAAUCAUUACAAUAUUGACUUAUUCUGCUUUUGUAACUUUCUGCUCUUGAAGAUUUCACAUUUGUGCUUGAGGUCAAAAUAAAUACUGUUUACACUGA